AUGGGUUUGUUCAAACGCAAGUCGUCGACGGGGACCGACUCGCCCAAGCCGGACAAGGAAAAGGUCAAGUGGAGCCACAGGCCAGCGAGUGAGUUUUGGGCGAGCUGUAGACGCCAGGAUACUGUGGUAUUGUUACGCUACCUUGCAGAGUCCGAUAUUGAACCCUGUUUGGGCCUUUUCGCGCAACAGACACCGCUUUCAAGCAGCAGCGACUCAAGGCUUGGCAACCGAUUCUCACACCGGCGACCGUGCUGCCGACCUUCUUUCUCAUCGGCGUCAUCUUUGUCCCCCUGGGUGGGGUACUGCUGUGGGGGUCCAACAAGGUCAGUUCGCGCGAGGCACGGAUCUUGUGGUCAUCAUCGCAGCCCCGUAGCUUUCGGUCGACCGGCUCGGCCUUCACUCCACCUCCACCGACUGACGCUCUCUCGCUCUGCCCUCCAUACUUGGACAGGUCAAGGAAUUCACAAUCGACUACACGCAAUGCGAGUUCAAAGCCCCCAACACGACCUUUGAGGCCUUGCCCUCCUCGGCGUACAGCUACCACCUCGGCUCGUCGGUCGACACGGCCCAAGCGGUCGUGCCGACUUGGCAGUUCACUCACGACGAGACGCGACCGGUUGGCCAGAGGAGUCUGUGUCGGUUGCAGUUCAGUUUGCCCGUCGAGUUGACUAGACCGGUGUUUAUGUACUACAAGAGUGAGACUGCACGGCUAAUUCUGAUUCCGCGACUACAGCACUGACUCGGCUCGGGUGGCGCGGGUGGCGCACAGUGACCAACUAUUACCAAAACCACCGACGCUACGUCAAGUCGAUCGUAUCAGGCCAACUCAAAGGCGAUGCCACGUCCGCCUCGUCGCUGUCCGGAGGGGACUGCAAACCUGUCGAUGUGCGCGACGGUCUGCCCAUCUACCCGUGCGGAUUGAUCGCCAACUCGUUCUUCAACGACACCUUCCUCCCGCCCGUGUUGACGAACCCUUCCGGUGCCGAGGGCAACGUCACCUACAACAUGACCGAUAAGGGGAUCGCGUGGCCGAACGAAGCCAAGAAGUAUGGUGUGACCAAGUACCAGAUCGGGGGUGCCGUCCCCCCUCCGAAUUGGGCCGAGAGCUACCCCGACGGAUACACCGCAUCGACGGGCUUCCCGGACCUGCACGACGAUGAGCACUUCCAGAUUUGGAUGAGGACCGCGGGUUUGCCGACGUUCAGGAAGUUGUACUUUAGAAACGAUGAGGAGAAUAUGGCUGCGGGGAUCUACGAGCUGGACAUUCGAAUGAGUGCGUUUCACGCUCGCUUUUUCCUUAUACGAAGACUGAACUGAUACUCGCUUUCGAGAACAGACUACCCCGUCGCCCCCUUCAGCGGGACCAAGUCGAUUGUGUUCUCGACCGUGUCCUUUAUCGGCGGACGCAACCCUUUCCUCGGGUACGCCUACAUCGUCGUCGGUGGCGUGUGCAUCAUCUUGGGCUUGGCUUUGACGUUGAGACAUUUGAUCAAGCCGAGGAAAUUGGUAUGUUUUCGCUUUCGACUUGACGUGGAAGAGCUCGGAAUGAGGUGCUGAUUGGCUUUUCUCGUGGCACAGGGUGACCCUCAAUACCUCAGCUGGAACCGAGCUGGACCCAACCCGGCCUCGACAAAGUGA